CGCAAUUCCUGGAACAAUAUUCCAAUUUUCAGGAGAGAGAAAGAACUCUUGACCGCAACAAUGAGGGCGCAGGAGCGGAGUUUAAACUCGUAUAAGUCAAAUAAUUGAGAGCAGCGCGAUGAAGAAAAUUUCUGUUAUUCACUGCUGGUCUGCUCCGCGAAGUCGAUCUACGGCGCUAAUGUAUAGCUUCGAGGCUCGAGGAUCUGACUGCGCUGCGCUGGAUGAACCGCUGUACCGCGAAUGUCUGAUUCAACGCGGCGAUGCGGUUGCCCGGCCAUACCGUAACGAACUCAUUAACGGCACACCUCCAUCUGGGAGCAUAACAGAUCAAGUAGAUGUGUGGCGUUUGCCUGAAAACGGUGUCGUCUUUUGUAAACACAUGGCGAAACAUUCGUUUCUUUACGACUUUCAGGAGGAAUUUUUCGCGGAUGACCUGAACAUUAAGCUCAUUCACAAGCAUCUCUUCUUAAUUCGCGAUCCCGUGGCAGUCCUAUCGUCUUGGGGAGCGUCGGACUCAGUGCAUGGAAGCAGCGCCACUCCUGACGAAGUUGGGAUUGUUCCCAUGCUCUCCAUCUUUUCGGCUCUCUGCAGCCGUCCCCACAGAAUACGCUCUAUUGUUUCGUUCCUUGAUUCGGACGAACUAGUCAAAGAUCCGGAGAGAACUCUGGGAUCAGUUUGCGAAGACCUGGGUAUCCCGUACAAAGAAUCAAUGAUGUCGUGGCCAAGCGGUCCUCAUGCUUGCGAUGGACCCUGGGCUUCCUGGUGGUAUAGCGACGUGCAUCAAUCGACAGGAUGGAAACGGAAAACACCCGACUAUGGGGCUAGUCGGUACCGAAUUCUGAAUCCCGAUUUAAUGGAUGCGCUAAAGGUCUCCUAUCCUGCCUACGAGUUCUUGAGUAAACUUACUAGGGGAUAUCAAAAGCGGGGUCCCUCAACCAAAACACUGUAUGAAGACCCAAGAAACGAGCAUUUACUGACUUACAUCGGCGCCCCAGGUCGAGGCAGAAUAAUUCCGAGAUCCAUGGCUGGUGUGAGUCCGUGGGAUUCAUCAGUACAAGGCGGAGACGCUGCAUGGGAAGGACUCCGAGUAUACCGUGGAAAAGUGCUUUCGUUGGAUAAACACCUUCAGCGUCUUUUUAAAUCGUCGAAAGCGCUAGGUUUUGAGAACGUGCACACCAAGGCAGAAGUAGUGGAAGCCAUUUUCCGCACGCUGGCAGCGAACGGUAUGCGGGACGGGGCACACAUGCGUCUUACAUUGACACGAGGUGAAAAGUGUACCAGCAGUAUGAAUCCAAAGUUUAAUGUAUACGGAACGACGUUGAUCAUUCUAGCCGAAUGGAAGCCCACGGAGGGUGCCACGACCUACAACAAUACUUCCGGUAUUGCGUUGAUUUCUGCGUCUCAACGGCGAAACUCACCUCAGACGGUGGACUCCAAAAUCCACCACAACAAUUUGAUCAACAAUAUUCUGCCAAAGAUUCAAGCAAACUUGGCGGGAUGCGAUGAUGCAAUUAUGCUCGAUCUCGAGGGUUUUGUAUCGGAGACAAACGCUACCAACAUUUUCAUGGUUGAUAAUGGAGUGCUGUUGACGCCGCAUGCUGAUCAUUGUCUGCCAGGGAUCACUCGAGCUACCGUUUUGGAACUGGCGAAAGAAAUCAAUAUACCUACCGAAACUCGUCGGAUUUCUCUUGCCGAAUUCCACGCCGCGGAUGAGGUCUUUACUACGGGAACCAUGGGCGAACUGACUCCGGUUCGCAUGAUCGACGGUCGGGUCAUUGGUAUCGAAGGAAAGCGGGGUCCGAUUACUGCCAAACUACAAAAAGUCUAUCAGAGUUUGCCGGAACGUUCUGGUUGGGCUACGGAGAUUCCGCCUUUUGAAGCCUAAGUUUUUGGCAACGGAAUAACUACGAGUAUAAAGGAUGAAUUUAUUGCG